AUGUUAUGGUUAAUUUUGUGUGCAAUUACUGUGACUUUAAUCGCAUAUUUAUAUCGACAACGAGUGAGACAUAUGUCGAUAUUAGAGCGAAAUGGUAUUCACGGACCCAAACCCAGUCUUAUUUGGGGAAAUAUGUUUGAAUUCUUAGAAGGCAGAUCAGUUGACCGAGAUGCAAAUUGGAUUAAACAAUACGGCAAAAUAAUGGGCUAUUAUUUUGGAUUUAGACCAACAGUAUUGAUAGCUGAUCCAGACUUGGCAAAGAAUAUUCAAAUUAAAGAUUUCCAACAUUUUGUUGACAGACCGCACGGAACUACUAAAAAUGGCAUUAAUGCCGAUUCACGUGAAAAGUCAAUGUUGACCAGGCUAAUUGGCAAACGAUGGAAAGAAGUGAGAAGUGUUUUGACCCCUACUUUCAGCGCAUCUAAACUCAAGACAAUGUCUCCUAUAAUGGAGGACACCAUCAAUAAUAUGAUGAAUAUUAUCGACAAAAAGUCUAAAACCGAAGAAGAGUUUGAUAUUUACGAUAUGUUUCAGAACCUGACGACUGAUGUGAUCGGAAGGACAGCUUUUGGGGUUCAGAGUAAUGUCCAAAACGAGGAAAACAAUAAGUUCUUGAAUGCCGCCAAAGCUUUGUUUAAUAUGAAAUUCAAUCGAUGGAUAUUUCUGAUGUCUUCAAUGAGUUACGAACGCAUGACUGCCAGUAAUGAUAGGGAUAUUCAAGUAAAUGCUCAAAAAGGUGUUAAAAAUGGUACAAAUGGUGUAAAACAUAGCAAAUCAGACAUAUCCUUAACUGAUAUAGAAAUUAUAGCAAAUUCUGUGCUGUUCUAUGAGGCCGGGUAUGAGACCACGAGUACUGCCCUGGGAUUCAUGGGACAUAUUCUCGUCAAUUAUCCUGAAGUCCAGGAGAAGAUCCGCGAAGAAGUGCGAGAACUGUAUGAAAGUGAUGGCAAACUAGACAUCAAUACAGUAAACAAAUUAGAUUUCAUGGAAUGUGUUCUCAACGAAACCAUGAGAUUAUAUCCGCCGGUCAUUACAUUCGUGUCGAGAGAGUGUCUUCAGGACUACAAAUACAAAGACAUAACAAUCCCAAAGGGCUCUGCAGUUAGAUUUGCGACUCAUUACUUACACCACGACCCGGACUACUGGCCCUCACCCGAGAAGUUCGACCCCUUCCGGUUCAGUCCGGAGCGCAAGCAUGAGAUCCAUCCGUCUUCGUGGCAACCCUUCGGAAGUGGUCCACGAAAUUGCAUUGGAAUGAGAUUUGCUUUAUUCGAGGCUAAGCUAGCGUUGGCUAAAAUCCUUAUGAAAUACCGAUUAGAACCGGGACCUAACACAGAGAUCGGAGAAUUGAGCACAGAAUGUAAAGCUGUUACUUAUACCCCCAAAAAUGGAGUUUAUGUUAAGGCGGUUAAAAUAUGA